AUGGUUGCGAAAGAAAUGAGCCUUCGACAGCUACAAGAGGACAGUGAGUUGCAAGAUUUUGAUGAUGAAGCAGAAACACUAUCUCUUUGUGAUCUUCCAUUGUACAACUGUGCUUCUGAUUGGGAUGACCUCUCCAAAGAAGAUCAAAACUUGGAAACGUCUUUUGAUCAAGAUUUCUUCGAGUUCUUCAGCGAAGACUUCGCCGCUUCAGCCUAUCCCUCAGAUAAUAUCAUCUUUUGUGGAAAGCUCAUUCCUUACAGAGGAGAAACAGUAGAAGAAAAAGCAGAGAACCUGGCCGGAAGCACAAAGAAAGCGAAGGAUUCCAAGAAGAGCUUUAGAUUCCCUUGGAAAUCAUCCUCUUUCAACAAGCCAAGGACAACACCGCCAAAGCAGCUACAGGAAAAGAGUGACAAGGCUUUGCAAGUGCCUCUAUCAGAGAAUCAUGGGUUGGCAACAAGGAAAUGCGAUGAUAAGAAUGACUUUUCGAUGAAGAAGGUAUCGAUACUAGUGACCCCGGUAAAGCCAAGAUGGUACUUUUCGGCGUUUGGAGUUGGAAGAUUUCCAAUGGAGAUGGAGCUGAGCGAUAUUAAGACGAGGCAGAGCAAGAAGAGUCCGUCGAAGAUGUUUCAAUCCGAAAAGGGAAUUGAAAUGAGUAGCAAGAAGAGAGGGAAGGGACUGUGGAGUUUGCUUAGGGUUUUAAGGCACAACAGUCAUCAUUCAUGUGCCAUGGCUAAUUAG